CAGUUGCAAAGCUCACGAGGUCUGCAUUUACUUUGGGGGUUAAUGAAAAGGACAAAACUACCUCGCAGAACAACCUUUGGUUUGCUUUGAGAGCAGAGGGGCUAUUGGAUCUUUGGAACCGCUAACUGAGAUGGCAACGAAUGUGGGGAUUCUCGCUAUUGACAUCUACUUCCCUUCCACCUGUGUUCAACAGGAAGCACUGGAGGAGCAUGAUGGUGCCAGUAAAGGCAAGUAUACUAUUGGACUUGGACAAGAAUGCAUGGCAUUUUGUACUGAUUUGGAAGAUGUCAUCUCAAUGAGUUUGACAGUGGUUACUUCCCUUCUUGAGAAGUAUGGGAUUGAUCCUAAACAAAUUGGUCGUCUAGAAGUGGGAAGUGAGACUGUGAUAGACAAAAGCAAGUCCAUCAAGACUUUCCUGAUGCAGAUCUUUGAGAAGCAUGGAAAUACUGAUAUCGAGGGUGUUGAUUCAACUAAUGCAUGCUAUGGAGGCACGGCUGCUUUGUUCAAUUGUGUCAAUUGGGUGGAGAGCAGCUCCUGGGAUGGACGCUAUGGACUUGUUGUCUGCACUGACAGUGCUGUCUAUGCUGAAGGUCCUGCUAGGCCUACUGGCGGAGCUGCUGCUAUUGCCAUGCUAAUUGGUCCUGAUGCUCCCAUUGCUUUUGAAAGCAAACUGAGAGCAAGUCAUAUGUCUCAUGCCUAUGAUUUUUACAAGCCUAAUCUUGCCAGUGAAUAUCCAGUUGUUGAUGGGAAGCUUUCUCAAACUUGUUACCUUAUGGCCCUUGAUUCUUGCUAUAAACAUCUCAGUCACAAAUAUGAGAAACUCAAUGGAAAGCAGUUUUCUCUUUCUGAUGCUGAAUACUUUGUAUUUCACUCUCCUUAUAACAAGCUUGUGCAGAAAAGUUUUGCUCGUUUGGUGUUCAAUGACUUCUUGAAUAAUCCCAGUUCUGUGGAUGAGGUUGCCAAAGAAAAGUUGGAACCUUUUGCGCAAUUAUCUGGUGAUGAGAGCUAUCAAAGCCGGGAUCUGGAAAAGGCAUCCCAGCAAGUAGCAAAAGCUCAAUAUGAUGAAAAGGUGCAACCAACCACUUUGGUACCAAAACAAGUUGGCAACAUGUACACUGCAUCACUUUAUGCAGCUUUUAUUUCACUUAUUCACAACAAAUAUAACACAUUGGCAGGUAAAAGGGUGAUGUUAUUCUCUUAUGGAAGUGGCUUAACUUCCACAAUGUUCUCUUUGCAAUUACGUGAUGGUCAACAUCCAUUUAGCUUGUCUAACAUUUCUGAAGUGAUGGAUGUUGCUGGAAAAUUGAAGUCCAGGCAUGAGUUUCCUCCAGAGAAAUUUGUUGAAAUCAUGAAGUUAAUGGAACAUAGGUAUGGUGCAAAGGAGUUUGUAACAAGCAAGGAGACUAGCCUUUUACCUCCAGGCACAUUCUAUCUCACUGAAGUUGACUCCAUGUAUAGGAGAUUCUAUGCAAAGAAAGCUAGUGAAAGUGGUUUGACUCAUGCAGAAAACGGUUCAAUAUCCAAUGGUCACUGAUGUUAAAUUAGAUAAAGUGUAAUGGGUAGAAGUCUGGACGUCAACUGUGCUUUAGCAUUUAGAAAGCUGUUCUUGUUUGCAUUAGUUUAUUCUUAAGGGAAGAUUACUUAAAUUCAUCCUGUUCGUUCAAAUAUUUUUGGAUGUAGUGACUCUUAAGUCUAAAUAAUUUAUCUAUAUUUUUUCUAGCAAUUAUGCUUUGAAUAUGAUAACUCU